AUGGCAACGGAUCACGUCUGGUUUUGGAGGGAAAACAUAGAGGAUGAGCUAGAGAAUGUUUUCGUACCAAGAUCUCAACCAGUGGUGGUUGAAAACCGUUGUUUUAGGUUAGGAGGAAGAGAUGAAUCUAAUGGUACCAAUGGUACGGUUUGGGGUGGUUGGACGACGACAAAAUCGUUGGCACAAUAUGAGGUUGCGCUGCACCUGCGAGGAAGGAGAGAGAGAAAAAUUGCGAGAAGAGAGAAAGUAGCGAAAAUCUGA